GUACUCCUGGCUAUAUACACACACAUGAAUACCUCCGUUUUUAUGAAUCAACUCCCAACCUCCAUCACAGAAAACGGGCAUCGCCAAACACAGCCAAAUGAAGAAAAUGGGUCUUGUUUGGAGUCAGUUGGCUUCUGGGUUCCUUUCGGUCCAGCCCCAGUGAGUUGGCCCAGGCCAGUGGGUUCAGACAGACCUCAACCACCACACGGAGAGGAUCAACACCGCCACACCUCCGUUCCCGCGCAAACUUAAAAAAGUGUUUACCCUAAAUACAUAGUGUUCCGCAGUGACCUAAAACAGUGAGGUGUCGCUGGGAAGAACUACGAAAGAACAACAACUAAAUACACCUUAAAAAAAUAAUUAGGAAGUGAAAUGUAAACAGAACCUGAGGUAUAUUAAAACAGAUAAGCUUAAAGGUGCGUUAGAAAGAAGCUAAGUUGCUCCUCAGGCGCACGUGAUGCCUAGACGAGAAAUCCGUAAUAAUAAUAAUAAUAAUAAUAAUAAUAAUAAUAAUAAUAAUAAUAAAACAGUCAAGUUCUCGAUAAAGCAACACGAUUUUAGUUGGGAUUAUUUCCGCUUUGGAUCUUAAAGUCAUGGACGGUGUUGAAGACCGACAGAGAGAUCAGUUGUGUGGAGACCGAUAGAGUGGAGACCGAUAUAGUGGAGACCAGCAGAGGAGACCGCCUAGAGAUGAGUGUUGUUGGUGCCUUCAGACAACAAGAGUAGAACAGCCACCGACAGACAGCGGCCCAGCACACAUUACCUCCCUCACUCGUGUACUACUGACAGGACGGGAUGCCCAGUAGUGGAUGGCUGUCGUCAAUUACCAGACACUUCAGCCGCACGCCCACGCUGCCUCACGCCCACACCGGAGAAUGUGGGCCAACUGGUGGUAACGGAAUUGCCACCGUGUCAUCUCAGGAUCCCCGGAAUGUUACUCAGUCUAUCACCCCGCCGAGUCGGCCGACCACACCGUGGAGUCUGGACACGCUGGACGACGAGAUCCAGCGGGCGCACGGCACCACACCACUUACCGGCAACGGCAAAACCUCACAUGCAUAUUAUGACACUCAUUCCGGAUACGUGGCGGCUCCCAGCAUGAUGGAGGGAUAUGGACAUGGCUCACAAUCUUAUCCCCACUCCUCCCGCCCUACCUCAGCAGCCUCCCGCCCAUCGUCGGCAGCAUCCCGCCCUUCUUCAGGUGUUUCCCGCCCAGCUUCUGCCGCUUCCCGUCUAUCUACACCAGCGCACUCCUUGCUUCGCGCCCAGACCCAUGCGCAGACGACGGCCGCCGCGGACUCCGCCGUCCCACUGCCCCAGCAGGUGGAUGAAGGGGAAUUAUACCAGAGCUACCCGGGGGAGACCUCCAUGGAGUCACGGGGCCACUAUUACAUCCCGCCCGUCAUCCCUCCCCUCUACGACCGCCCAGUGGCCGCCCCCACCCCCGCCUCCACCCGCUGCAGCACCCCCGUCUGGGACCUGGACGGCGAGAAGAGGGUCAGGUUCCUGGAGCCAGAGGUGGUGGGCGACGUCCCGUCUCGGCCAUCUAGUGUCAACUCUCAGUACUCACAAGUGCUCAAGAACUCCACCAGGUUCGCUUUCCAGCCUUCACAGCCACUGAGUGGGGAGGUGGGGGGCCAUAACCUUCGCUUCUGCAACUGUCCCUGUCACUUCAUCCCGUCUGGUCGUCGCAGCACGGGCGUCCAAGUGAAACGAACUGACCCCGAGCCUCCACGCCCACGACACUACCGCCUCUUCCUCACCCCCACCACCCAGGGCCUUGAUCACCUUACCCUUGGCACCAAGUCCCUCAGCCUGGUGACCCGCGCCUUGCUCUCACAGGUGGGGCUGAUGUUAGUGGUGGUGGCGUGGUGGGUGGUGGGGGCGGCCAUCUUCUCUACUGUGGAAGGCGCAGCAGAAAGUGAUACUGUCAACAGAAUGGCCACUCUUAGGACCGACCUAGUGCUGGGCCUCGCCACUGAGUUAAGACAGGUGUUGCCGUACGAGACUGUGUGGCGCACCAAGAUAGAGACCUACAUGGAGAGGCUAGAGACGGCCGUGCUGGACGCGGCGAGAGCUGGCUACGCCUCCAGGGCUCCUACCUGGACUAUGUCUGGAGCCCUUCUCUACUCCGCCUCCCUCACCACCCUUGUCGGUCCCAGUGGCAUGACGGUCCGCACGGGCUUCAGUCGCAUUUUUGCUGUACUCUUCUCUCUGGUCGGGGCGCCCCUCGUCCUUCUUUUAGCCAUCAGCGGUGCCUUCACCAUCCGCGAAGGAGUAGGAAAGGCGUGGGCGUGGCGCUGUGGGUUUGGCAAACAAGCAAGGGUCGCAGAUGGACGAGGUCAAGUAGUGGAGGGGCGGGCAGGACAGUAUGGCAGUGGGCGAGGCGGGUCGGCCGCUAGUACCCUCAACUUGGCCGGUCGACCCCAGAGCUCGACCAGUGCGGGUGUUGGCCCCGGAGGUGAACAAGGUGUCCGUAUCACGCCUAAUGGUCCAGGGGAACUGCCUGGCUCUAUAAGGCCACCCAACAGUGCCAAACCCAGACUCUGGGGUGGAACAGCCGACAUCCAGCAGCAGUCCCGCGUACAAGCGUUAGACUCCACCCUCCGUUCCAGCAGUAUUCUUUCCUCAACACUAAGAGAUACAGAUCACAGUAGUUCCUCUAGUGCCACUAACAGUGUGUCAGGCAGUGCUCAAAAUACCCUGUCAAAUAGCUCUCAAUUCCGGACUGUUGGAGAUGAACAAACCAUGGGUGUAAACCCCGCGAUACAGAGACGGGGCAGAUAUCCACCUCCUCCCCGACAGGGCUCUAGGCGGCCCCACGGCGUGCCCUGGCCCGUAUACCUGGCCCUGCUGGUGGCCUACAUCUUCCUAGGGCUGGCUAUCUUCGCACCCAUCCAGCGAUGGAGCUUCCCGUCCUCUCUGUAUAUCCUGAUGAGUACACUGAUGACUCUGGACCACGACAGCCUCGGGGAGAAGCAGCAGCUGGGAUCUAGUAGGAUCAUCGUGCCCUACGUGGUGUACAUGCUGCUGGGGUUGGUGGUGAUGGCCACCCUCGUUAUAAGCGUCUGGUCCUCCAUCUGUACCUCACUCGUCAACACUGGCAAGUAUCUGGCCGUCGUCAGACCCACCGCCAGAUAACAUUGUCUCACACACCUCAUAUGGAACUAGAAAAUUUUUAACACUAUUUUUACAGAAUGUUUAUAUCAUGUAAAGCAUGCCAGCGGUGACCCUCAUGGUGUAUCGAUUUGCAAUUUUAUAAUGGUGUUUGCUAGUGAGGCGAGGGAGGUUGUGGCCGGGAGUGGCUGAGCUGUUGUGAAGACGUCCCUCCCGCCUCGGUCACAACACGUGAAAUAAAAUGGAUAAAUUCA